UUAAAACCCAGCCCGGCAACAUCAUAUUGUUUCUCUAUUCCUUACUCUCGAGCUUCCAAGCUCAUUUCUUUCUCGGAGAUGAGCACAGUGUAACACUUAUAAGGCAGCAGGAACACUCUUAUCUUCACGUUGGGCAGUCUCCACGUCGUUGCUGAUUCAGAAUCAGUUUCAAGGGAUUUGUUUCAUCUGGCAUGCCUACCUUCGUAUGAAACGCCGUGACUAGGAAAGGCAUAAGAACACAUGCGCAGCAGACUAUACCAGGUACUCACAUUCCUCUGUUGUCAGAGCCAGGGAAGUGAUCCACCAGCGCAGGCCAUCCUCGCCCAUUUGCGGUUUGCCUGGAAUCGGCGCAUUCAAAUUUCAGUGGCCCUUCGUGGAGAGGCAGAUGGCGCGAUGACAUUAUCACACCGAAUCGGAGGCUCUGGCUGUUCAUGUACUCGGCCCACAGGAGGCAUAUACAACUAUGUACAGCACAUCAGGAAACUCAAUGCCUUCGCCCAGACGGAUUGCCACGAACUUCACUCCAGCCUUCUCCUCAUCCUAUUAUCUUAUAACCUGCACGUGUUGCAUGCGUAAAUGGGGUCGUAGCUAACGAGGCACUGUCGGC